UAGUAUCGCCUUUUAUACUAUUUUCUUCCAUAAAUAAAGGCUCGCUCACUCUGUAGCAAAACCGAUGACUCACCUUUGGAAAUGUAUGAGACUGGGGAUUUGAAAAUGGACAUUGAUGAUGAUAUAAACUUAAAAGAGGAAGUAUUAAAAGAAAUUUCAUGUGACAAAAUCAACACUCCUAAUGACGAGGCCCGCACAAAGAGAAUAUACGAAAAAAAUGACAUCCUGAUGGAAUACAUGAAAAGACAAACAACUACUUCAGACCAAAAAGAAUAUAUUGAUAAACAUUUCACACAAAUGUUAACUACAUUAGAAGCAAUGGCCACUACUUCGCAGAUACCAGUUAAGGAGGAUUUAGGCCAAUAUAUCACAAACGAGUACGGCUUGCUAAGAGAAAUACUCUCAAAUCUCAAUCCUAUUGAUUUAUGGAGUGCCAGACUUGUUUGUAGGAAGUGGAAGGCGACAGUGGACCUAAUAGUUAAUAAAGAUCCGAUUGUCCUGCACUCCCGCAAGGUGGGUAAAAAGUUUCCUCCUCCAGUUGUGCCACAACGAAUUCUACCAACUCUGGUAAUCCAACAGCAUCUAUUUGAGAACAGCAGGAAUCAGAGUUUGGAGAUCUGUCGAAGAUGUGGGAGGGAAUUUUAUGUUUGCCCUUGUGUCAUCAGCACUCCAAGAACUGCAUUCAUUUCCAUUUCCUGCACUCGUGAAAAAUGUAGUUACGAAGCGUCUUUAAAAUUGACAACGUACCAAUUUUGGCACAGUCAUCCCACAUUGAUUCUACCAACUUCACAAGGAAUAAAGAUUUCACCAUUUUGUAUCAUGAAGGGAGCAAAAAUUUUAAGAAAGCCCAUAACAGAUGAAAUAGUGUCCCGCUGUACUGGUGGGGAAGAACCAAUAAAAUGUUUACUGGUCAUUUCAAAAGCAAGAUCAGCCAAGUUUGUUUGCUCACUGUUGAAUAAACUUGUAGACAGACAGGGUCAAACGUUUGCAGCCGGAGGUGGUGAAAUCAAACACUAUGAAUGUAAUGCAGGCAACAGACACAAAAUCACUACUGGAAGAUACCACAGCUUGUGGUUCGUACCCUCGUACGUAUUUAUAGCCUUCAGGGGAGAUGGCGUUUCUGCCCAUUCUGAGAUUUUGUAUCAUGAGGAUGCAAAAGAUAUUAAUACUUUCAUGAAACAGCUAGCAGAAAGAGUGGGUCCAGUGCCAGAAGGAGGAAGCCGCAUUGCAUUUUUGGCUCAGUGUGUAGCGAGGACAGACCCCUUCCUGGAGAACGAGGAGAGCAGUGCAUUCAGUAGAGCCUUUCCUUCAGUGCCUCAGUUUGGUUUUCAUGCCUUAGGAGAGUAUGGAAUGAGUAGCUCUAGUACAGAAGCUCCAGAAGAAGAAAAACCAAGCAAGAAAAAGAAAUACGAUUUUGAACACGUCAAUACCACAUCUAUUACAAUAAUAACUUUUAGUAAAGUUAAAUUUAACAAAUAAAUAACUUAAUAUAGUUCCAAAUAAGACUUGAGAUACAGGAGUGUAGUGGUAACUGUAACGUUGAGAGCUGGUUGAACUGAAAUGAUGUUGAGUUUUAUUUCAUAAGAACAAUACCGAACUUCAAUCUGUUUUACACCCUUUUAUCAGCCAGAGUUUUGAGAGAUGUCUUAUUACAUACAAAAUGUAUGUAUCCGAACGUAAAUUCCUUUGUGGUUUUCAAAACCUCUGCAGUGUUUUAUAAUAUUAAGCAUUUAUUUUGAAAAGUAACGUAUAUAUAUCAGGAAUAGUAAAAGUAAAACACAGUUUAUUAGAAUUUUUAAAGUAAUUUUACUUUAAAUACAAGAAAUAUAAAAUGAUUUUACAUUUCGCAUUGUUCUUACGGAACAAAAAUCAACAUAACUGCCGGUACAGUUGUUUUAAGUGUGUACUUGCUCCCAACAUCAAAUAAAGUAGGAUAAGGUAAGAGUUUAAUUUUUUGUAUUUAUGAUCAGUUUUAAGAUUAGCUGAAAAUGCCAACAAUUCUCUUGUAUUGAUAAUCAACAUAAUAUUUCUUACAUAAUAAAUCACAAACUUGUCUAAGAAUUUGGACGGUAUGCGAAAAUACAUAUUGUCAAAACAUGACUUAAUUAUCUGUUAACCUAAUAAUAUUUUACUGUUAGUAAUUUAAAGCUCUGGGUGUUAAGAGGUACUAGUUAUAUUUUUCAGGAUAUAGAUAUGAUAUAAAAGUUUGAAUUAUAAACUAUUAUUGACCAAUGAUAAUCAACCAAAUCAGUGUUUCUACUUUCUCAAUACAGCAUGAGAAAAAUAUUCGUCAUUGUUGUAGUAAAAACCAGAGUUGACAAUCCCAAAAAUACCACAAUCAGAAAAUAUAUAGAGAUUAAAUUUUAUCACACCAGACUUGGGCAGAAUUUACCCUUUUAUAUCCCAGUGUCCUUACUCGAAUACAACUUAUGAGCCUAAUUUUGGAAACAAUUGGGAUUUAUGUCUGUUAUUUUUCAAACUUUGAAUCUCAAAAAAGAAAAUACUAUAUUUAACAAAAGUGUACUCAAAAAAUGUUUUUUUUUAAUCAUUUUAUUUUUUAUUGGCAAACAAGUAUAAAUAAAUUGAACUAACAUAUUUUAAAGUACAAAGUAAAAAAUGUUCCACAACUAUACAAUUCUCAAGUUGUAUUCUACAAAAAAUUCAAUGUUACAUUUAUACUUAAUUUAUCUUAAAACAUUACUUGUACCUUCUUGGCAUCUCAAGGAAUUAAAUUGUAAUUGAAAAACGGAAAUAAAAAAAUCAUGAUUUUAUUACAAAGUAUAUAAAAAAGUUUAACUAUUUUUUUAUUUUCAUUAUAAUAGUUUUCUAGUAAACCUGGUUAUUGGUCAGAAAAAUUAUAAAGAUUUUACACAUUAAGCUUUAGAAAACAUUAAGGUAUACAUAAUAAAUAAUAACUGUAUUAUAAAUUAUGUUUUGAUAGUCAAAUGUUUAUUCUUACGCACUUUUCAGUUUACAUGUAUAGACAGUCUAUCUUUAGUUACACCUAAGUCAGUAAAAGUUCUGUCUCGAGUUGAAAUUGUCAGUAAAAGAACGUUGUGAAAAUAAAAGCGAACUCUUCUAGUACUUUUGACUAGUUUUGUGGUUUUAUUAAUGUUUGACUUUGUAACUCAUAAAAAUUAUUAUAAUGUCUAAGAACAACAGCUUAUAAUAUUAGUAUGCAAUUUUGACCUAUUUAAAUCUAAUCUAAUCUCAUACCACCACACUCCUGCUAUUAUUAGCUAAAUACAUUAAUAGCAUAAGUCAGUUAAAUUGCAAUAUAAGCCUAUAGUUUAAGUUUAAGUUUGUUUUCCUUGUAAUAUAAGUAACUAUCGAACAAGUACAAAGUUUUUUUUACAUAUUAUAGCGUUCGAAUUCAUGUUUAUUAUUAGUUUGCUACUUUUAUCCAAUAAUAUUUGUAGAAAAUAAUAAAGGUGAGCAAUAUUAAUAAUGAGAUUAA